AUGUAUGACUGCUCCGCCGUCUGCAAGACUGCCUUGAACCUUCUUGACACCCACGUCACCAGGUCAUCUACCAAACCAGAUUUCUCAUAUGCACCUAAGUCUCCAACCAAUCUAGACCCUCUGUCCAACCCAGGGUCUCCAACCAGCCCAGUCAAACCUGACCCUCCGAUUGUACCAAAUCCUCCAAAUGAACCAGGCUCUCCUACCAAACCAGGUUCCUCAAAUUCACUGGUUUCCCCAACCUAUCCUAACCCUCUUAUUGAACCAGACCCUCCGUCCAAUCCAGGAGCUUCGACCAACCCAAUCGAACCGGAUCCACCAACCUACCCUAACCCUCUUAUUGAACCAGACUCUAUGUCCAAUUCAGGGUCUUACAACCAAACCAGGCUAACUUGGUCUCCGACCAAUCCUAACCCUCCAACCGACCUGAAGUCCCCAACCAACCCUACUCCUAUUGAACCAGACUCUCUGUCCAAUCCAGGGGCUCCAACCAACCCACUCGAACCUGAACCUGAUCCUCCAACCAAUCCUAACCCUACGACCAAUCCAGCUCAUCCGAUUGAGCCUGACCCUCUCGCCAAGCCGGCCCGACCCAUCGAGCCUGAUCCCCAACUAACUCGGAUCCAAUCCUACCGCCGCCUCAAGCAACUAUUCGCGGAAGAACGGAAAACUCCAGGGAAGCAAGGAAUCUAG